AUGGCGACAUGGAGCUUGCGUAUUUUUGCCGGAUUCAGACCUAGCCUGCUGCAUAGCCUGCUGCAUAGCCUGCGAGCCUAUCAGCGCAAGGGGACAGGCAAGAAGAGCGUGCGUCGAGCCGGGCGACUCGUCCUCCCGGCUGCUGAUGCUGCCGCUGCUGCUACUUGCGUUUUCUUGCCUCGGCAGUUCCGCACGUACGGCCGUGCCAUGGACAGAGGGUUGAGCUAGCUAAGCCAUGUUCCGCCACCUCGAUGGUGAAAAAAUAGAACCAUUGGGCCCCGCUCUUCCCAGCCCAGGUCCCCGGGCUGCGAGUGAGCUGCGCGUGAUCAAAGGAUGCGCAU